AAUUUCUAUUAAACAUUUAACGUUAUUUUCAUAAUUAAAUAUAUUUUAUUAUUAUCUAAAAGAUAAUUAUUUUCUUCGAGAUAAAAUAUUUACAAUUGUUUCAUAAGAUAUCUUCAAAACAAAAUAUCGAGUUAGACUCUAUCGUCGUAUUAGACAAGAUAUCGAUUUUAGAAUCAUCAUAAGAGUGAACGAUUGACAUAAAAUAUUCAUUUCACAAAAAAAAAAAAAAAAGAGAAAAAAAAAACAGAAAGAAAAAAAACAAAAAAUCCUUGCGAAAGGAAGUUAGCCAUUCGUUCUAAUCGUAAAAUAUUCGUAUAAUAAUAAUAUAUCUGAGAUUUCUAACUGAUACGAAUAAAACAGUAGGUCUGUUCUCUAUUGGUCUCGUUAGUGCAAAGAUAAAGCUGUUGAACUCGUUCGAAUAACGCUCGCGGCAUAGUAUCUCUCUCUCUCUCUGUCUCUCUCUCUCUCUCUCUCUCUCUCUUUCUUUUGUAGUAUAGAAACGUCAUCGUAUUGAGAGCAGAGCACGGUACGAGCUUCUAUGUCCGCACGGGAACGCGAACAGAUCGAUUACCGUAUUGGCGGUAGGAGUGCGCGUAGAGCCACGUACCGCAACUACGUGACAAAUAUUAUCACGAUCGACCUAUGCGUAGCGUUUGAUGUGGACGGGUUUAUGAAAGGCCAACGCGCCUAUAAUCAUGCCUCCGCGAACGCCGAAGAACAAAUCCGAUUUGUGUCAGCUAUGAAUCCAGAUCUUGUUCGAUUCAUUUUCAUUUAAUCUGACCAGAUAUUCCCUUUAAAGUGAAUAAUUACGAUAAUAAACAAUGUUGUUACAACGAACAGAAAUCGGUCUAUUAAAGUCAUCAAGAAUGUAUCAUCAGAGAUAUAUUUAACAGAUCACAAUAUCAAGGACGUAUCGAAAUAAUUGACAAGUCAUUAGAAUAAUGGAGGAUCGAUCAGAUGACAGAUUGAUAAUCAACCGAAAGCAUCGUUAGUAGUCCGUAUCAUAGAUAAUCAAGAAGUCUAUGAAAAGGAUCAGUUAAAUCUAUUAGAUCUAUUGAUGAUCAGUCAAGACCAUUAUCACUUGUUUAUUGGAUAAAAGAAGGAUUGAUGAUUUAUCGACAUCAAAAAUGUAUUGGUAACAUUGACAAUCUAUGUAAUAGAUCGACCAUUGAUGCGAUUGGUACACUAGUAAAGAAAGUACAAGUAUGACGAGAAGUGACAGAGAGAGAGAAAAUGUAGUGCAGUGUGUUAGGUGCACGGUGUAGGUUAAACAAGAUCGAUAAGGUUUACUCUGUGCUCGUGCCGCGUGACACAGAAGGGUGAGGUUAUAUGAAAAUAGAGGGUUCGAAGAGAGGACCUUUUAUUUCCGUUCUUUUUCCUUUUUAUCUUUAAGAAAGAAUAAGGAGGAGGUUCUUGGACGCAACAGAAGGAGAAAAGGAUAUUCGUCUGAAGGCGUCUAAUGUAGACAUUGGAGGGUCGCGCACAGUUUAAGAGAGAAAGAGGAAGCGAGAGAGAGAGAGAGUGAGUGGCUGAAGGGGGUGGUGGUGGGUCGCCCGUUUCCACCCUCCAUUUCCACCCCCGACAACUCGCAGGCGGUCGACGGGAGCUCGGUGGCACCCACUCACCCACCACCAGCAGAGCCAGCACCGCCGCCGCCGCCGCCCCCGGGCGUCCUCAUGCCAUGCCAACCAACGAGCCGGGGCCGCUUUCGCUUUGUGCGCACCGGGGCGGCGGUACAUCAAAGCCUUCUAGUUCCCGCUCCGGCCUUUGACGGCUGCGUCGCGGCCGCUCGCUCAGUCAUCGCUCGGUAGGCGAAGCCAGCACGCCGCGCGGAUGAGCUCGACGCCGUUGUCCUCGCGAGUCCUCGUCGGCCGGGAUCAACGAGAUCUCGCUAACCAGCCACGGAACUCGAUCGAGUUCAACAGUGUUCCUAACCUUGAUCAAAGGAGUCACUACGACUCCUCGUUCUAUCAACGGCGAGACGAGUACUCUAUAUGUUAAGAGAAAAGAGGUAAAGGAAUGUCGCCUCGCGGUAGCAAGUGCGCGCGUGUUAGCGGUAGCAAAGCUGCCGCCACAUUGGAGAAGGAUCGCCGUGGUUCGAGGGAGUCUAGAACCUUCGAGGGAAACGAUAAGGAACGUCUUGAGCAACGGGAGGAGGAGAAUUACCAACAGCAGGAGAAUCACCAAAAGCAGCCAAUCGUUAAAAAAGAGUCAGCCGAGGGAAAGAAUAAUAAUAAUAAAAAGAAGAAGGCAUCAACGAUGACGAUGAAAAGACGGAGGAAGAGGAAGAAGAGGAAGAGAAAACCAGGCCGAGCGAAGACGACGCCGGAGACAGACGCGGCGGCAACGGCGGCGGCGGCGGCGGCGGCGGCGGCGGCGGCGGCGGCGUCGUCGGCGGUUGCGGUGUUGGCGGUGCGCGAGGGUCGAUCAUGGAUCGGAGCGCGCAUGCGUCAACCCCUGGAGAGUACCGAAGGUGGCCUCGAGCAGCCCCGUGAAAACGGCACCCUGCUAAAACGACGGUGCUCGCAAAGCCCGCAUCGCGACCUCCUAUCCGAAAGCAGAAACCUUUCUAGCUCGCCCUGUUCCUCGCGUUCCACCUCUACAUGCACCUCCAGUUCCACUUCCUCCUCCUCCUCCUCCUCCUCUUCCUCCUCUCGCCCUUCCUCGAGGUCAUCCUCGGUGUCCAGUAGCGAGGGAUCUUCUUUGAUCGGUAGUCAACUGAAAACGUCGGAGAGCACACGGCUAUUUUGCAGAGACCGGAAACGGAAAGAAAAGAGACGCCGCGGUAGCCGCGAGUGUGCACGAGAAGAGACUAAGAAGGAAGAAGGGAAGGAGGAUAUUGUAACAGGGAAGGUGGAGGUAGAGGAGGAGGAGGAGGAGGAGGAAGAGGAGGAGGAGGAGGAGGAGGAGGACGGCGACGACGACGACGACGACGACGAGGAGGAGGAGGAGGAGGGACCACCAGUGGGGGAACUCCAGACUCGAUCCGCGCCGCCGAUAACGUCGACUCCGAUUCCACCUCCCACACCCUCUACCUCUUCCAAUACAACCCCAGCAGCUGCUCCAUUACCCCCUCUCUCACCAUCCUCCUCACCGUCAGCUUCAUCCGAACCUCUCGUUGCCUCUUCUCCUUCCUCUUCAUCUUAUCGUGCCGAUUCUAGAAAUGAAAUCUCUGGUGCACGUCCGACCACUACCUCCUCCUCCACCACCUCCUCGUCACCUUUAGAAAAUAUCAGAAGCGCCUUGGAGUGCUACGAUCGCAGUAGAAUCUAUCUGGCGCAUGUAUCCUUCUUGGACUGGCGUGAUGUACCUGGAAGACGACGUGGACACCUGGAGGAACACCGAAAACUUCAUGGUGCAACCUCGAGGAGUUCAGAAAGGUCUUCCGGGGAAAGAGUCUGGGUUGUUGGGGCUGCCGACCAUGAUGGACAUCAUAGGACUAGGUUGUUAGUGGCUGGUCGUCACUGGAGACCACGUUGUCUCAGUCGUGUGAAUAUGCUCAGCCAACCGGUGGUAUACGCCGGCGGUGGGAGAGGUUCCCUCACGGCUGACCUCUUUCUAUGGUGGUUUCACCGUGAGUUCGCCGUAACUGCGAUGGCCAUGCACCCAGACGGUGCUGUCCUCGUGGCUGAGAGCGCCGAUUAUCUACCUCCCGAAGGGGACUGCGUUGCGGCCGAUGGUCUUGUUAGACUCUUCGUCGUACCGAAGGAUUGUCUCGAAACAAGGAUCGUUGUAAGAGAAUUGAGAGUGAGGUUAGCAAUUGGAGCACUUACCAGAGUAUACCAUGGUGUAUAUCGAAGUAAAUUCUCAACGAUCGAACGAGAUGAUGAUAGAUUGGAGACUUAUCUUCGAAGAUUUACUCUCAAGGAAGCAUUUGCGGAUCUACACCGAGCCUGGCUGAGCGUACGAUCGGAAACAUUUGCCAGAAGUUGGGCCUUACCGAGGGAACGAGAGGAUGUAGAAUCACGUAUAGGUCGAUCUAACGUUACGGGAAACAACAACUCUAUCCUUCGUACUAUCGUUGCAUCUGCGGAAAGAGAAGAGGAUAGGAUGCUGUUGGACGAACUCCGUGGACUGGCUGGUGAAUUAGGUCUCAAAGUUGGUGACGAGGAACUUGCAAGAUGGAUCAUCGACGGGGAAGAACGAACGUCACGACGUUACGAUACCACCACCACCACCACCACCACCACCACCACCACUACCACCAUCGAUCUCGACGUCGAUCAAUCGCGUCUCAUCAAAAUCGAAUCCGAACGCAAGUCGAUCGAUCAGGAAUGCGAAUUCGAACAUGAGGACGAUGACGACGACGAGGAAGAUGAACCGACGGCCGAGGAGACCGUCGGACUUCUCACCAGAGUUCUCACGUGGAUGGAAAGAGAACCAUUGGAUCCUGGACUACUUCUCGCUGUUAGAUCAAUGCGCGAUAUAGCUGCUAUUAUGGCAAGCAAGAUGGGCCUAGCAGGGACGCAUCCAAGCGGGCUGCCCUUCUUCUGUCCGAACGGUGAUCACCUGACGCAACCACCGCCCGCCCACAUGGGUAUACCUCCGUAUGGGGCUUUGGAUGCUGGCAAAGCUGCCGCAGCGGCCGGUCUGACUAGGGCGCCGAUGUAUCCCUUUUCGACAGGCCAAUAUCCAUAUCCCAUGCUUAGCCCGGAAAUGACGCAAGUCGCCGCUUCUUGGCAUACCCCAAGCAUGUACCCUAUUUCACCAGCGAGUGCUGGCUUUCGAAGUCCUUAUCCAACGAGUUUACCUAUAACGAGUUCGAGUUUACCAAGUGAUCUCUACCGAUUUUCGCCGACGGGUCUGAUGCCACCGCAUCAUGGAUUGGGUCCUCACGCACAUGCGUUAGCGUCGCAUGCAUUGGUGUCGUCAGCGCCGAAAACGGAUCAUUCUACCUUGGAUCACAAUCACAGGUCUACGAUAGAACAGAAAAAUUCUACGUCGUUACCCGCGGACAACGCGAAAAACCAAGAUACAGGACAACAAAACAAUCAAGAUAAAAAGAAACCCCAUAUAAAAAAGCCUCUGAACGCAUUUAUAUACUCUUUUAUAGGUAACAAUAUGAAAAAAUGCCGUGCAAGGUACGGAUUAGACCAACAGAGCCAAUGGUGCAAACCAUGCAGCCCAGUGGAGCAUGGAGCGGGGAUGGGCAUCCACGCGAGUAUAAUCCAUCAUGGUGUGGGAAGUAGCGCGGGGGCCGGGGUCGGGGCUGGAGGUGGUGGAGGAACGGUUGGGGCGACCACUGCCCCGCCAAACACCAACACUGCCUCCAAUACCUCCUCGCCUCAGCAAGAACCCACUUAUGUUAAUCUCUAUGGUCAGUCCCGACUUAAACCUAAGGGCUCGCUAAUGCCCUCGCUAAUGCCCUCACGUAAGAAGAAAUGUAUCAGGUACAUGGGGGAGGGAGGAGAAGGCGACGGUGAAGCCGACGGCGAAGGUGAGGACGAUCAUUCGGAGGAUAAUUUAGGCAGCGUCGGGGAGGCAGGUACUCCCGAGGAAGAUGAAUCCUUGAGCAGUCCUGGAGGCUUGUCCGCAUUGUCGAGUCUGGCCAGUCCAUCGUUGGUGUUACCAUCACCUUCGAGCCUAGCCAGCCCGUGUCCAUGCCCUUUGACACCUCCGGUACCUCCUCCGCCCCUGCCGAACCCGAGUAAUCAACAACAACAGCAGCAGCAGCAACAGCAGCAACAGCAGCAACAGCAGCAGCAGCAACAGCAGCAUCAGCAGGCUCAACAGGGCCAGCAACAGCCGCAUCGUAAUCCAGUUGGUACGAAUCCUCACGACAUCAACAAUCCGUUGAGUGUUAAUCAACUCACCGGGCAGUGUAUAAAAAGUGAAGUCGUACCAGCACCACCCUCGGGUCCCUCCAAUCCAGCGAUCAGCGUUACGUAGCCCCGGGUGGACCCACGUGACAAGACUGUUGCAACACACGGUGUCAUCCAAGGGGUCCAUCUAUGUAUCUACUGUGCGCGACAGAGAGGCUGGACGAUGACGGUAACGAUGACGAUGACGAUGACGAUUAAUUCGAAGAGACAGGAUCGUUCGAUCAAUGAUAGAACGUCAUUGUUGAACGAAGUUAAAUCUUCGUUCGCCGGUCCUAUUACUCUUCCUCCUCGUCUAUCGGCGUUAAUCGUAAUCGAGCAUGGACUAAUCGAGAAACGAUUGGAAAAGAAAAGAAAAAGAAGAAGAAAAAGAAGAAGACGAAGAAGAAGAAGAAAAAGACGAGGAAUGAGAAGGUUUUCUCAAUCGUCGUCAUCCUCGUCAUCGUCGAUGCCGCAGCGAAGUACUCCUUCGACUUCGGUUCUUCGCCCUUUUUCAAUUGUCGUCGUCUCUUGUGUUGUUUCUAGCGAAAUAUACAAAGGAAAUGAAAAAAAAAUGAAAAAAGAAAUUAAAAAAGGACGGACGAUCGAGCUUUUUUUGAUGCGUCGUUUACGAACGUUCUUAUAUAAAACACACGUAGGGUAUAUAUAUAUAUAUAUAUAUAUAUAUAUAUAUAUAUAUGUAUGUACAA